AUGUCGCUGGGAAACGUGGACAGUCGCCAGCAGGGUAGUCCCGUUCACUCGCGGUCUUCCAGUGUCCAACGCCCACACACGGUCCAGUCCAUCAACGACGACGGACUGGACAAAGAGCAGCUUCGACGUCGCGAUGCUGUACCCGGGGUUGGACGUGUUGACAAAGGACUCGGGCGUGUUCCAUUCUUCGCUGUUGGCAGUUGUAAAGAGCUAAUGUGUAUGUCUCAUUUCCACGAGGGAAGCAGGCAUGAAUGA